AUGGCCAGCGCAUCUGGAUACAACCACCACAGGUUCGCCCGCGCCGUGCUCAAAAAGUCGCGCAAAUGGGAGCCAUCCCUCACCCCCAUGAACUUUCAAUACGAAGGCCCCAUGAAACCUUUUCUCCUCGCCGUCCGCUCCCAAGUCAUCCCCGCUUCUCUCAUUCCCUUCCUAUACGACAUCCAGCCCCCAAUCUCCUUUGUCGACGGCUGCCUCGUAGUCGAGCUCCAAGACUUUCGCCGGACACCUGAAUCACGUUCCAGAGUAGUGAUGCGGCCUGCGGCGGAGACGCUGCCACAGACUAUCGACGUGAUGCUCGAGCGGAAAGGGCAGGCGUGGGAUGAUCAACUCGCAUUAGAGCUGGAGAGUCGCAUUAUCGCUGCUACUUCCCCUCCUCUCUAUCUAGGGACCUCAAUUAUGGCUACCCGCAAUGCGAGCCUCGCCCUAUCCAUUACUUCCCCCGCCCACCCCAACUUGUCAUCUGAAGGCUCCCUGCGACAGCCCCUCUCAGCCGAGUCUGACCAGGCCUCCUCGCUCGACCGUAUGCGCAAGCUCGUACUCGCAGGAUCGAGCCAAGGCAGCGGCGCAGCGCCUUUCCAGCCGGAUUGGCUUGUGUUGAGGUCGAGGGAGCAGUUUGAAGCGAUGAAGAUGGCGAGGGACAGAGGGUUUGCGCCGCCGGGAAGUCAGGGGCCGGGGUCGAUUGGGCCGAGGUCGUCGGUGGGACCAGGGAUGGGCUUGGAUGGUAAAGAUGAUGGUGGCAAGAGGAAGGGGAAGAAAAGGCCUGGAGAGGAAGAUGAGGCGGAAGUGGCUAAGCCAAAGUCAAAGAAGAAGAAGAAGAAUCCACAGGCUGCUGUCGAGGUGGAGGACAAGAAGAGGCCUUCAACGAAGAAGGGCGGGGACAAGAAGAAAGCGUCAAAGAAGAAGGAUGCUUAG